CUGAGGCGGCGGUUGUUAUGAUUGAUCUGCUUUAUCUUUUGUAAAUUAAAUCACCUGAACUAAGAUGAUUCACGAGUUACUGUUGGCUUUGAGUGGAUUCCCAGGGACCAUUUUCACGUACAACAAAAGAACGGGUUUGCAGGUGUCUCAGGACCUGCCAUUCCUCCAUCCCAGUGAGACCGGUGUCUUCAAUCGACUCUGUAAACUGGGCUCCGACUACAUUCGAUUUACAGAGUUUAUAGAGCAACACUCUGGCCAUGUGCAUCAACAAGAACAUAACACAAAUCAGGCCAGCCAGACGGGACUUCACGGAUUUUACUUGCGUGCGUUCUGCACAGGACUUGACUCCAUGCUGCAGCCUUACAGACAGGCCCUGCUGGACCUUGAACAGGAGUUCCUUGGAGAUCCCCACCUGACCAUAUCCUAUGUGAAUUAUAAGCUUGAUCAGUUUCAGUUGCUUUUUCCCUCUGUCAUGGUGGUGGUCGAGGCUAUUAAAUCACAAAAGAUUCACGGCUGUCAAAUCCUGGAAAGUGUGUACAAGCACAGCUGUGGGGGGCUUCCUCCUGUACGCAUGGCCCUAGAAAAGAUCCUCGCAGUGUGCCAUGGUGUGAUGUACAAACAACUCGCAGCAUGGAUGUUGCAUGGUUUAUUGCUGGACCAAAAUGAGGAGUUUUUCGUGAAACAGGGUCCAAGCGCAGGAGGAGCAGCGUCAAACCAGGAGGAAGAAGAAGAGGAUCUUGGUCUAGGAGGCUUAAGUGGCAAACAGCUGAGAGAACUGCAGGAUCUGAGGCUGAUAGAGGAGGAGAACAUGUUGGCUCCAUCUCUCCAGCAGUUCUCCCUGCGAGCAGAGAUGUUGCCUUCUUACAUCCCCAUACGAGUGGCGGAAAAGAUCCUCUUUGUUGGAGAAUCUGUCCAAAUGUUUGAAAACCACAACCACAGCCCAUCUAGAGCUGGCUCCAUACUGAAACACCAGGAGGACAGUUUUGCUGCCGAGUUGCACAGACUCAAACAAGAGUCUCUCUUUAGCCUGGUGGAUUUUGAAAAUGUAAUUGAUGGCAUCAGAAGCACUGUGGCAGAGCAUCUUUGGACACUGAUGGUGGAGGAGUCUGAUCUUCUUGAGCAGCUCAAGAUCAUUAAGGACUUCUACUUGCUGGGUCGCGGCGAGCUCUAUCAGGUUUUUAUCGACCUAGCGCAGCACAUGCUGAAGACCCCACCGACGGCUGUCACCGAACACGAUGUAAAUGUGGCCUUCCAGCAAGCAGCCCAUAAGGUGCUGCUGGAUGAUGACAAUCUGCUGCCUUUACUGCACCUCACUGUUGACUACCAAGGCAAAGACAACAAAGAGAUGGCAGGUCCAAGAGAUGGAGUCACUCCUCCGCAAGACAUCUCCCCUCGUGAGAUGCCUCCCACAGGCUGGGCGGCUCUCGGCCUCAUCUACAAGGUUCAGUGGCCACUGCACGUCCUGUUCACUCCUGCUGUUCUGGAAAAGUACAACAUCGUGUUCAGGUACCUGCUGAGUGUGCGACGAGUGCAGUCGCAGCUGCAGCACUGCUGGGCUUUGCAAAUGCAGAGGAAACAUCUCAAGUCCAGUCAUAGCGACGCUAUUAAGUGGAGGCUACGCAACCACAUGGCUUUCCUGAUCGAUAACCUUCAAUACUACUUACAGGUGGACGUGUUGGAGUCGCAAUUCUCUCAGCUGCUUCAACAAAUCCACUCCACCAGAGACUUUGAGAGCAUCAGACUGGCCCACGACCAUUUCCUCAGCAACCUGCUGGCCCAGUCCUUCAUCCUCCUCAAGCCAGUCUUCCAUUGCUUGAAUGAGAUCCUGGAGCUCUGUCAGAGCUUCUGUUCCUUGGUUAGUCAGAGUGUGGCCCUACUGGACGAGAGGGGAACAGCUCAGCUGGACAUCCUGGUGAAGGGCUUCAGGCGUCAGUCCUCGCUGUUGUUCAAAAUCCUGUCAAGCGUGAGGAAUCACCAGAUCAACUCGGAUCUGGCUCAGCUGCUUCUGCGACUGGACUACAACAAGUACUACACCCAUGCUGGAGGAACCCUGGGCAGUGUUUAAGAAGACUAGAAGAGAAACCCCAUCAGUCUUGUCCAUGUGGUAUUUCCUGUCAAGUAUGACAUUCUAAAGAGGUGAUUUUUGUACAAAGUGUAAAUACUGAAUCAUGUACUGUAACAUUUUGUCUAAAAUAAAACAAUCGACACAACUGAAACGGCUCAAA